GUAUAAUCAAAGUAUAGACUUGUAUUCACGUAAUGAUGCAUUUAUGUGUGGUACUUUUGUUUCAAGCAUUUACUGCUGUAUAUGCUUAUCCUAUUGAAAAUUUAUACGGAAAAUUGUUGCAGCAAGUGAAUGAACUUCAAAGAACAGUGGCAAAAUUGGAGAAAUCAGUUGAACAAAGUAAUGUUAUGGCAAGAAAUAAACGAGCCGACGCCAGCCCUCCAGUCGGUAUAUCGUUUUCUGCAAUUCUAGAUGAUGCACUAUCUAAUAUCGUAAUUGGACAAACCAUCGUUUUCAACAAGGCGUAUAUCAACGACGGUGACGCAUAUGAUACAAAUACUGGAGUGUUUACCGUACCGAUUGACGGCGUUUACUUGUUGUCAUGCUUUGUUGGCGAGUACGGCCCUGCAUGAUCAGGUGUUGUUACAACUUCAAGUAAAUGGUAAAAACAAAGUGGAUGUUAUUGCAGAAGGUAUUCAGAACGAACAUAAUGAUCAAGGUGGAAAUUUAGUCAUUUUGAAACUUGGAGCUGGAGAUCGAGUCCUUAUACAAGCGUACGGUGUUCCUAAUGCUCUCAUCGACGGCGGUGCAGAUUAUAAAUAUACUUCAUUUUCCGGUGUUUUGUUGUAUGGUGCUGGUAUUUAGUUUCCUGUGAAUAUUAACAUAAAAUGAAUAAUUCACCAGAUGUUAAAUUAUCAAAGUGCUUGAAAAUUAAACUUAUUUGACUGCAACUCAUGAUGUAAAUUUAUGUCAUGAAUAGUAAGUUUUUUGUCCAUAGGGAUCUUCUCUAAUAGAUCACAAAGUCGCAGUUGUUGCCUUAUAGAGCUCAUCGGGGAUCUUCAUUCGACACAUUUCACUGAAUAGUACGCCAUUUUUUGAUUUUAUAAUAAAUAAUCUUAAAAUCAAACAAGAUACGAAGACUGUAAGACCUCAACUCAAAAGAUGAACAUUUAUAGGAGCCCUGGUAAUGCUUAUGUCAUACCCAUGGUUUGUAAAAAUCUUUUUGUUCUUAGAGAGUUAUUUAUGAACUUUUCAAUAUGUUCAGCCCGACCUUUCCUUAUUUUGCCAUUGA